CAAUCUUUGAGCCUUCUGCCGCCUUCCCAACCACCGCUUUCUAUUAGCUUUUUUUUAAAUGAAAUGUUUGCAUCCAUGUAGAAUCCGAUUAUUAGAUCAGUUACUUUCGAAAUCAAUUGAGAACCGACAUUCACCAUGGCAUCAUGCAGACAACUGUACCGACUGAAUCUCAAAUCAUCAUUAUACGAACUCUCAGGCCUCGCCGGUAAACAUGGGUGCCAAAACUUACAUUUCAAAAACACUACAGCGUCUUCUUCUCAGCUACGAUGGUCCCCUCCAGGAACAAAGAAUACAGUCAACACAUGGUCCAACUUUUGUCAGCAACACCGCACUUCAGUAGCUAUCCCUCGCCUUGUAGGCUACCAAUUAUAUCGUAAGAACCACACACAAGCAACAGCCGCUCCCGUAGAAGCGGAUCAAGAUCCAUCACCCCCACCUUUUCCUAUUCCGAAGCGAAAGCCGAUCUUAUACAUUCCUCCAGGGCCUUCACCACCAGGUCGGAAGCACCAGACUUUGACUCUCUAUACCAUCACACCCAUACCAACAUCUAGAUUAGAAGAUCUUCGGGAAGAGAUCUUCCUUCAGUUGGUCAAAUUCGAUAUUACUGGGCGUAUAUAUCUGGCAAAGGAUGGAAUCAAUCUUCAUUUGUGCUGUCCGGUAGAGCAUGUCAAGGAUCUUCAAUCAUCAUUGAAAGAUCUCGUUUUGGAUCGAUUCGGUAAAGGCCCUGAUGGAGCUAUCUGGAAUUUUUCAUGUGAAGAGUCGGGGGACCGAGUGUUUAGGAAGCUCAAGGUAGCAGUUAAAAAGCAGCUAGUCGCAGAUGGUCGAUUAGGUACUUGGGAUGUUCAGGAUUCAACACCUCCACAGUACCUGGAGCCCGAGAAGUUUCAUGCACAUUUGGAUAAAGUUGGAGGCAAUGCACUGCUGGUCGAUAUGCGAAAUCAUUUCGAAAAUGAGGUAGGGACAUUUAAAGGUGCAGUCAAAAUGGAUUGCAAUACAUUCAAGCAAAACAUGGAUCUGUUAGAUGAACUUCUGGAAGGAAGGGACAAGAAUAAAGAGGUCUUGAUGGUCUGUACUGGCGGCAUCCGUUGUAGCAUUUCGGGACGAUACCUUAGGCAGAAAGGAUUCACUGAUGUCAAAAUGCUUAAAGGGGGCAUCACCAGCUACGGGCACUAUAUCAAAUCAAACCCACAUUUAAAGUCCCAUUUUCUAGGCAAAAACUUUACAUUUGAUGGCAGACGAGGCGAACGUAUCACCGAAGAUGUGAUCAGUACUUGCCAUCAAUGCCAUACACCCCAUGAUGACAUCACGAACUGCGCCAAUAUUCGUUGCCACCUUUUGUUUAUUCAGUGCCCAAAUUGUCGCGCAAAAUGGAAGAAUACUUGCGGACCUGAAUGUCAUCAUGCAAUUGAGACAGGAACAGGCCCUGCUCUAUCGAAGCCAUAUGAUUACCAUGCACAAGUUCGGCCAGGAUCACUUUUGACAUCCUAGAUAUGCAAAAAAGUUACAUGGAUGCAUCUCUCUUCAAGUUGAAAAAAUAAAAAAAAAUAAAAAAAAUAAAAAAG